GAGAGAGAGAGAGACAGAGAGAGAGAGAGGGAGUAUGGGCCGCAGAGAGAGAAGUAGCCGUUGAAGGGUAUAAUCUCUUGACAAGGGAACUUCUUUCCGCGAGAGAGAGAGAGAGACGUUGUUUUGCUUAACGGCGAAGGGUGAGGAGUGGCCAUGGCGGGUUCCGACGAUUCUGUAUCAGUCGACGUGGAGGAGAUCUGCAAUGGCGGAAAGCAGGAGCAUCAUGUGAAAACCAACCAUGGCUUAGUUUCAGUUGUUGUCUAUGGAGAUGAAGGGAAACCUGCUUUGAUCACUUAUCCAGACGUUGCCCUAAACUAUACAUCAUGUUUCCAAGGGUUGUUUCUAUGUCCUGAAGCAGCAUCCUUGCUUCUCCAUAAUUUCUGCAUCUACCAUAUCAGCCCUCCAGGACAUGAGUUGGGCGCUGCUCCAAUAUGUUCUGAUGAUCCCUCCCCUUCAGUCGAAGAUCUUGCAGACCAGAUUCUUGAAGUUGUAAACUUUUUUGGUCUUGGUGCAGUAAUGUGCAUGGGGGUCACUGCAGGUGCUUACGUCCUUACCUUAUUCGCCAUGAAGUAUACGGACCGAGUUACGGGUUUGAUUCUUAUCUCUCCACUAUGCAAUUCACCUUCUUGGACAGAAUGGUUCUAUUACAAGGUGAUGUCAAACUUGUUGUACUAUUACGGCAUGUGUGGAUUGUUAAAGGAUCUUUUGCUUCAGAGGUACUUCAGUAAGGAAGCUCGUGGUAAUUCUGAAGUUCCGGAAUCAUGUGCAGUAAAAGCAUGCAGAAGGCUACUGGAUGAGAGACACAAUACCAAUCUUAUGUGGUUCCUUGAAGCAAUCAACAGGAGGCGUAAUCUAACUGACGGAUUGAGAAAUUUGAAAUGUCGGGCGCUCAUAUUCGUGGGAGACCAAUCCCCAUUUCACUCCGAAGCUCUUCAGAUGAUGUCCGUAUUGGACAGAAGAUACACCGCCUUAGUAGAGGUGCAAGCUUGUGGAUCGAUGGUGGCGGUAGAGCAACCGCAUGCGAUGCUGAUACCGAUGGAGUUAUUCUUCAUGGGUUACGGCCUGUCCCGGAGGUGCCACAUCAGCGACAGCCCUCGGAGUCCGCUCAGCCCUUCUUGCAUUUCGCCGGAGCUUUUCUCGCCGGAGAGUCUCGGCCUGAAGCUUAAACCGAUAAAAACUAGGGUUUCCAUGGAAGUUUAGAUUGAUUCUUCUUUCUUUGCACUCUUUGUAUUCUCAUGCAUAUUCUUUUGAAAUUGUUUUAUUCUUUUCAUUUGUUGUGAUAUUCCCUUUAACAUGAGCCUAGUGUGUAUCUAAAAUGGGCCUUAACAUAGGCCAUAAUGAAUGUCUGUUCUUCAA